AUGACCGCCCGUCUGGUCCUGGUCAUUGGUGACCUGUUCAUCCCUGACCGAGCUCCUGACCUCCCCGCCAAGUUCCGCAAACUCCUGACCCCCGGCAAGAUUGGCCAAAUCCUCUGCCUGGGUAACUUGACCGAUCGCGAUACAUAUGAGUUCCUCCGCCAGGUAGCGCCGGACCUGCAAAUGGUCAAGGGUGACUACGAUGUCGACUCCCCCAACCUCCCGCUUUCCAAGGUCGUAAAUCACGGCAGCCUGCGCAUCGGCUUCACUCACGGACAUACGAUCAUCCCACCCGGCGAUGCGGAUGCGCUGCUGAUUGCGGCCCGACAGAUGGACGUUGAUAUCUUGCUUUGGGGUGGUACUCACCGGUUCGAGGCAUUUGAGAUGGAGGGUCGCUUCUUUAUCAAUCCGGGCAGUGCCACUGGCGCUAUGAGCUCAGGAUUCUGGCCGGAGGGCGAAGAGCCAACCCCGAGCUUCUGCUUGAUGGAUAUCCAGGGUGAUGUUCUGGUGCUCUACGUGUACCAACUCAAGACGGAUGCCAAUGGUGUUGAGAACGUGUCGGUUGAGAAGGUCUCAUAUCGCAAGAACCAUGCUCCUGCACCAGCCGCGGCGCCAGCAUCCUGA